AUGCCCAUUCCAGGAGGAAUCAAUACAUCCACAACGGCCACUGUUGCCUCCAUUGACCCUCAAGGCGACACAGUCAAGGCAAAGAUCCAGUAUCUCGCCAAAGACGACCAGCACCAACAUGUGAAACCAUACUACUUGCACUUCCAGUACGAUACCGACAUUCCCCCAACAAACACCGCGGCAGAUGACCGGAUAGUUCCCAUUCAUAAUGCUCGGAACUUAGACCUUCCGUCGAAGGAGAUGUUAUUGGAGUAUGGAUUUACUCAAUUACAUCUUGAGUGUCCUUUGGCCCCGGAGGAGUACUACUACGACAAGAAAGUGGAGGAAGUCCUAUAUCCUCAAUACAAAUCGCUUGCGCGAUCUUUGUUCCCGGAUGCCGCGCGGGUUGAAGUUCUAGAGCAUGCUACUCGCAAACGGCACCCUCUAUGGUUGACUGAGGGUGUAGAACGACAUGAGCUUGAUACAAACCAGCCGAGCGAUUAUGUGCAUAUUGAUAUGACAGCCUCCUCAGCAGCAAAAUGCAGCAUCAAGCAGUUCAACAUCCACCCAAAGACAUAUUCCAGAUUCAUCGUUGUAAACCUAUGGAAACCAAUCCGCGGCCCAGUAUACGACUUCCCAAUCACAGUUUGCGACCGCCGAACAGUAGACUACGCAUCUCAGACCACAGCCAUGGACAUCGUUGCGCGUGACUACGUCAACGAGAAUACUCGAAUAUACUAUGACGAGAACCACAAAUGGUACUACUGGCAUGGGCUGCAAGCCGAUGAGGUGAUCGCUUUCGUGCAGGCGGAUUCUCAAGCUGAGAACAGUGCAGGAGUUCCACAUACGGCGUUUCGGGAUCCUCGGAACAGUGAUACUACGCAGUUGCGGGAGAGUAUUGAAGCGAGAAUAUUUGUUUAUUUCGACUGA